CUGAUGGUAAAGUCUAUUCUAGGUAGCGUUUAUCAGGCAGGAGAUGUAGUGAUUGGGGGUCUGUUCCCUGUUCAUGUGAAGGCACCGCAGCCUGAGCUGGAUUUUCGAAGUGAGAAGGUUAAUGCUUCCUGUGAAAUUUUUAACCAGCGAGCUUAUCGCUGGCUUCAGGCUAUGAUUUUUGCUGUGGAGGAAAUUAACAGUAACCCAGACCUCCUGCCGAACUUCACCCUCGGCUAUCUGGCAGCUGAUACUUGCCUUGCAGAGAGAACCACUCUGUUAGCAGCCAUGGCUAUGAUAACUGGACAGGAAGUUCAUUUGGCAAACUCAGAAUGUGGAUCUGUGCCUACAGUGCCAGUUAUUGUUGGCGAUGCACGCUCUUCAGCCUCGAUUGUUGUGGCAAACACCCUUGGGGUGUUUGAUGUACCCAUGGUGAGCUACUUAGCCUCCUGUGUGUGUUUGAGUGAUAACAGAAGGUACCCGCUGUUCUUCCGCACAAUGCCCAGCGAUGCUGCACAAGCUUGGGCCAUGGCUGAACUGCUGCACCUAAUGGGGUGGACUUGGGUGGGGCUGGUGUCUGCGGAUGAUGAUUAUGGCAGAUUUGGGAUGCAAAUGUUAAUGGAUGCACUCAGGGGAACUGAGGUGUGUGUUGCUUACCAUGAAGUGAUUCCAAAGGACUAUCCAAAGAUGACAAUGCAGAGGAUUGUUGAAACCAUCCAGAAAUCCACUGCCAGAGCCGUGGUAACAUUUCUCAUAGACCAGGAUGCCAAGGCUUUGUUUGAGGAAGUAGUCCACCAGAAUGUGACGGAUAAGCAGUGGAUUGCUAAUGAGGCUUGGGUUACGUAUAGCACUGUCUCCAUCCCUCGCAACAUUCCUUCAUUGGCUGGGACCAUAGGAUUUGCUCUGCGAAAGGCCGAUAUCCCUGGAGUGGGAGCCUUUCUGGCUCGCUUAAAUCCCAGCCUGAGUUCACCUGAGUCUGACCCUUUUAUGAAGGAGCUCUGGGAAACACUGUUUGGAUGCUCUCUUAGUGCUGGCCUGGGAGAGACUUUAUGUUCAGGCUCAGAGGUCAUAGGCAUUGGGGAGAGCUUGUACACAGAUGUGUCCCAGCUACGAAUCACAUAUAAUGUCUACAAGGCUGUGUACGCUAUUGCUCACGCAAUAAAAAAUAUGCUGGCCUGUGAACCUGGAGGAGGUCCCUUCCUGCAAGGCCAGUGUCCUGACAUCCGGAGGCUGCAGCCUGUACAAAUAGCCCACUACCUACGAGAAGUGAACUUCACAACACCUUUGAAAGAAUGGAUGAACUUUGACGAGAACGGGGACCCACCUGCCUCAUAUGACAUUAUCAACUGGCAUGUGACACCUCAGGGAACAAUAGAGUUCGUCACUGUUGGCCAUUUUGUGUCAACCCAAGGAUCAGAUGGUCAGUUUCACAUUGACAUGGACAAAUUAAUGUGGGGAGGACACAGCAGACAUAAGGUUCCUGUGUCUGUGUGCAGCAAUCCGUGUCUUCCUGGUACAAGAAAAGCUGUGCAGAAAGGGAAACCUGUGUGCUGCUUUGACUGUCUGCCAUGUGCUGAGGGAGAAAUCAGCAACCAGACAGGAUCACUGGAGUGUAUUAGGUGUCCUGAUCGCUUUUGGUCCAACUCAAACCACACAGUGUGCAUUCCCCAGCAGGUGGAUUUCCUUUCGUACAAUGACACCAUGGGAAUCGUCCUCUCCGUCAUCUCAGCCGUCGGGGCAACACUGACAGCUGCCACAUUUGCCACCUUCCUUUACUACCGACACACACCUUUGGUGCGAGCCAACAACUCAGAGGUGAGCUUCAUGCUCCUGCUAUCACUCAAGUUGUGCUUUUUAUGUUCCCUGGCUUUCAUUGGACGACCAGUGGCUUGGUCCUGCAUGCUAAGACAUACACUGUUUGGAAUCAGCUUUGUUUUGUGUGUCUCCUGUCUGCUGAGCCGCACCGUGGUGGUCCUGGUGGCCUUUCGUUCCACGUUGCCGGGGGAGAACCUGAUGCGUUAUGUGGGUCCUGCUCAACAGCGGUUGGGCAUCUCCAUCUGCACCCUGGUACAGGUGCUGAUCUGUGUGCUGUGGCUGACCCUGGCUCCUCCUCAGCCUGCAGAAAGAGACAUCAUGGACCACUGGGGACCCAAGAUCAUUCUUGAAUGUGCGAUUGGCUCUGUGGUGGGCUUCUCAUUGGUUCUGGGCUACAUUGGCCUGCUGGCCUGUCUCAGCCUCCUCUUGGCCUUUCUAGCAAGAAAACUCCCAGACAACUUUAAUGAGGCCAAAUUGAUCACCUUCAGCAUGCUGAUCUUCUGUACUGUCUGGGUGGCCUUUGUGCCCGCCUACAUUAGCUCUCCUGGGAAGUACACUGUCGCAGUGGAGAUUUUUGCCAUCCUGGCUUCAAGUUAUGGCCUUCUGUUCUGUAUCUUUGCCCCAAAGUGUUUUAUUAUUCUUCUGAGGCCUGAGAGAAACACUAAAAAACAAGUGAUGGCCAGAUAG